CGAACAGGGCCCCGGGGUCCCAGGCCCUUUAGCCGCUCUCGCAUUUGCCUGAGCGGAAACCCAGCGCCGCCACAAGAUGGCGUCGGGCCUGGAGCUCAGGCAGCGCCGGGGACAGCCCCGAGUCACCAGGCCCCGCGACCGUCGCUGUCAGCCCCCUCCGCUGGGGAGCCCGGGGAGGGGGAGCGAACCACUGACCCCGGGGGCCUGCGGGCUGUACCACUGGCUCCUCAUCCGAGGGGACGCGAAGUCCGGAGGGCUGAACUGCCGUGUCCGCCCAGGGUCGAUUCACGCCUCUGGGAGGAGCAAAGGGUCGUGAUCACCCACCAGGACUACCCUUCCUAGAGGGGCCCUACCCUGAGAGGCCAGGCGUCCCUGUUCUUUUCUGGAAGGUUCCCUUUCCAGGAAACCCCGCCCCGUCUAGUCUGAUGCUCAGUCUGUGCAUCUGCGGAAUGGGCACACCCGUGCAUCUGUGUGGGUCCUGCUUGUCCGGGUCCGAAAGGUGGACCACUUGUUGCAACCAUGGUCGUAUUAUCCGGCAGAGUGAAAGCCUCAUACCCUGCGCUUCGCUGUCAAUCGGUCCCCAGAACCAAUGGAGGAGAACGAGGUGGAGAGCAGUAGCGACGCGGCCCCUCGGCCUGGCCAGCCGGAGGAGCCUUCUGAGAGCGGCCUGGGUGUGGGCACCUCGGAAGCUGUGUCCGCGGACAGUACGGACGCUGCGACCGCCCCAGGAUUAACGGAGGCCGAUGACUCUGGAGUGGGGCAGAGCUCAGACAGUGGCAGCCGCUCUGUGGAGGAGGUAUCCGAGAGCAUUUCAACAGAGCCCUUGCCUCAGGGCUACCUCCCUGAUUCAUCUUCUGUGUCCCGGGGACCAGUGGCAGAAGUGCCAGGUGGCCCCCCAGCCCUGGUGCAUUCCAGUGCUCUCCCAGACCCCAGCAUGCUGGUGUCUGACUGCACAGCUUCCUCUUCAGACCUAGGCUCCGCCAUUGACAAGAUCAUUGAAUCUACCAUUGGCCCGGACCUCAUCCAGAGCUGCAUCACUGUGACCAGUGGUGAAGAGGGAGGAGCUGAGACCACACAGUACCUGAUCCUGCAGGGCCCAGAUGAUGGUGCUCCCAUGGCGUCAUCAAUGUCUACUUCCACCUUGGCCAACAGUCUGGCAGCCAUUGAAGCCCUGGCUGAUGGUCCCACAUCCACAUCUACUUGCCUGGAGCCUGCUGAGCAGCCACCGGGAGAGCCUAGUUCUCUAGCACAGCCCCCAGCACCUGUUGUCGAGGAGCUGGACCUGCAGGGCCUGGAGGCCAUGAUGGAGGUGGUGGUUGUGCAGCAGUUCAAGUGCAAGAUGUGCCAGUACCGGAGCAGCACCAAGGCCACCCUGCUCCGCCACAUGCGGGAGCGGCACUUCCGCCCAGCAGCACUAGCAGUAGCAGCAGCAGCAGCUGGUAAAAGGGGACGUGUUCGGAAGUGGGGUACUUCCACCAAGACUACAGAGGAGGAGGGGCCGGAGGAAGAGGAGGAGGACGACGACAUUGUGGAUGCUGGGGCAAUUGAUGAUCUGGAGGAGGACAGUGACUACAACCCAGCUGAGGAUGAGCCCCGGGGCCGGCAGCUACGGCUUCAGCGUCCCACACCGAGUACCCCGAGACCUCGACGGAGGCCUGGCCGGCCCCGAAAGUUGCCUCGCCUAGAGACCUCAGACCUCCAUGAUGGCAUAGGAGAGCCGCUAGUGAGUUCGCAGAGCACACAGAGCCCUCCAGAGCUGCAGGAUCUCGAGGCUCCCAGCUCCUCCAACCUAAGGGCCCUGGGCAAGGUGGGGAGAGGCCUGGUGGAAACUGGUGUGAGUCAGUCAGAUGCUGAGAACGCAGCCCCGUCUUGCCAGGAUGAAGCUGAUGUCCCACCCCGCCGCCGUGGAAGACCUUCCAGGCGGUUCCUAGGGAAGAAAUACCGAAAGUACUACUACAAGUCGCCCAAGCCACUGCUCAGGCCUUACCUGUGCCGCAUAUGUGGCUCACGAUUCCUGUCCCAUGAAGACCUUCGCUUCCAUGUCAACUCCCAUGAGGCUGGUGACCCACAGCUCUUUAAGUGCCUACAAUGUAGCUACCGCUCCCGCCGCUGGUCCUCACUGAAGGAGCACAUGUUCAACCAUGUGGGCAGCAAACCCUACAAGUGUGACGAAUGCAGCUACACCAGUGUCUACCGCAAGGAUGUUAUUCGGCAUGCGGCCGUGCACAGCCAGGACCGAAAGAAGAGGCCGGAUCCGACCCCAAAGCUGAGCUCUUUCCCUUGCCCAGUGUGUGGCCGUGUGUACCCCAUGCAGAAGAGACUAACACAGCACAUGAAGACUCACAGUACGGAGAAGCCACACAUGUGCGAUAAGUGUGGAAAGUCCUUUAAGAAGCGCUACACCUUCAAAAUGCACUUGCUCACACACAUCCAGGCUGUUGCCAACCGCAGAUUCAAGUGUGAGUUCUGCGAGUUUGUUUGUGAGGACAAGAAAGCACUGUUGAACCACCAGCUGUCCCAUGUUAGCGACAAGCCCUUCAAAUGCAGCUUUUGUCCCUAUCGCACCUUCCGUGAGGACUUCCUGCUGUCUCAUGUGGCUGUGAAGCACACAGGAGCCAAGCCCUUCGCCUGUGAGUACUGCCACUUCAGCACUCGCCACAAGAAGAACCUGCGCCUGCACGUACGGUGCCGACAUGCGAACAGCUUUGAGGAGUGGGGACGGCGCCACCCUGAGGAGCCCCCAUCCCGUCGCCGCCCCUUCUUCUCUCUGCAACAGAUAGAAGAGCUGAAGCAGCAGCACAGUGCGGCCCCUGGCCCUCCCCUCAGCUCAGCAGGCCCCGAGGCCCCCCAAGAACCAGCACCUUUCCAGCCACCUGAGACUCCCCCACUACUCUGUCCUGAUGCCCUAGGUGGUGCCACAAUCAUCUACCAGCAAGGCGCUGAGGAGUCCACUGCAAUGGCCACUCAGACAGCCUUGGAUCUACUGUUGAACAUGAGCGCCCAACGAGAGCUGGGGGCCACGGCCUUGCAGGUGGCUGUGGUGAAGUCAGAGGACGUGGAGGCAGAGUUGACAUCUACUGCUAGGCAGCCUUCCUCUGAAGACACCACUCCACGGGUGGUGACACUUCAUGUGGCAGAGUCAGGGAGCAGUGUGGCAGCUGAGAGCCAGCUAGGCCCGUCUGACCUACAGCAGAUUGCCUUGCCACCUGGGCCAUUCAGUGGGGCCAGCUACAGUGUCAUCACAGCACCCCCCGUGGAGGGGAGGGCAUCAGCUUCCGGCCCAUCUUACAGGGAAGAACCUCCAGGAGAGGCAGCCCAGGCUGUGGUUGUGAGCGACACUCUCAAGGAAGCUGGCACCCACUAUAUCAUGGCAGCUGAUGGGACCCAGUUGCACCACAUUGAGUUGACUGCAGAUGGCUCCAUCUCCUUCCCAAGCCCAGAUACUCUGGCCCCUGGAACCAAGUGGCCCCUGCUGCAGUGUGGAGGGCCACCUAGAGAUGGUCCUGAGGUUCUGUCUCCAACGAAGACCCACCAUACGGGAGGCUCCCAGGGCUCUUCCACCCCACCCCCUGCAACCAGCCAUGCCCUAGGCCUGCUAGUACCCCACUCCCCACCGUCUGCAGCAGCUUCAUCAACAAAGAAGUUCUCCUGCAAGGUGUGCUCAGAGGCCUUCCCUAGCCGUGCAGAGAUGGAGAGUCACAAGCGGGCCCAUGCUGGGCCUGCUGCCUUCAAGUGCCCUGACUGCCCCUUCAGUGCUCGCCAGUGGCCCGAGGUCCGGGCGCACAUGGCACAGCACUCCAGUCUGAGGCCCCACCAGUGCAAUCAGUGUAGCUUCGCCUCCAAGAACAAGAAGGACCUCAGGCGGCACAUGCUGACACACACCAACGAGAAGCCUUUCUCAUGCCACGUCUGUGGGCAGCGUUUCAACAGGAACGGGCACCUCAAAUUCCACAUCCAGCGGCUACAUAGCAUCGAUGGUAGAAAGACUGGGACUUCUACAGCCCGAGCCCCAGCCCAGACCAUCAUCCUCAAUAGUGAAGAGGAGACACUGGCCACACUGCACACUGCCUUCCAGUCGAAUCACGGGACUCUGGGGACAGAGAGGCUACAGCAGGCACUGAGCCAGGAGCAUAUCAUUGUGGCCCAGGAACAGACAGUGGCCAAUCAGGAGGAAGCUACCUACAUCCAGGAAAUCACGGCAGAUGGCCAGACGGUACAGCAUCUGGUGACCUCAGACAACCAGGUUCAGUAUAUCAUCUCUCAGGAUGGUGUCCAGCACUUGCUGCCUCAGGAGUACGUUGUGGUCCCUGAUGGCCAUCAUAUCCAGGUCCAGGAGGGCCAGAUCACACACAUCCAGUAUGAGCAAGGCACCCCAUUCCUACAGGAGUCCCAGAUCCAGUAUGUACCUGUAUCCCCCAGCCAGCAGCUUGUCACCCAGGCUCAGCUUGAAGCUGCAGCACAUUCUGCUGUUACAGCAGUGGCUGAUGCUGCCAUGGCCCAAGCCCAGGGCCUGUUUGGCACUGAGGAGGCAGUGCCGGAACACAUUCAACAGCUGCAGCAUCAGGGCAUCGAGUACGACGUCAUCACCCUCUCGGAUGACUGAGCCUCAAAGGCCCAACGCUGAUCGUGGAUAUCGGGGCCAGCUCUCCUGGAGACUAGGGACUUUCCUGUCCUACUUAGGGCCUCCAGAUACUGGACAGUUAGUGUCCCUUGACUCCAAAGGAGCCAGACCUGUGCUCGUGGGGGGCAGCCAAGGGCUCCAGCCAGGACAUGCUGGGCGUUUCAGCCUGCUGGCAGGCUAUGGGAGAGAAAUUUAUUUUUGUUUUGAUGGACCCACUGGCUCCUGUCUCAAUAAAGGGACCAGAGUCCAGCUCUUGCAGC